AUGUCUGUCGCUAGCACGAUUAAAGGUGACAUGUCGCAGCAAGUCCGAUCACUCUACCGCCAAUUAUUACGGCAAGGUUCGCAGUUCUCUGCGUACAACUUCCGCGAGUAUGCGAAGCGACGGACGAGAGAUGCUUUCCGAGAGCACCAGGGCGAGCAGGAUAGCCGAAAGGUGCAGGAGUUGGUCCAGCAUGGAAUUAAGGAGCUUCAGAGCUUGAAGCGACAAACAGUCAUCAGCCAGUUCUACCAAAUCGACCGGUUAGUCGUUGAGGGUGGUAUCUCGGGCAAGCAGACGGGCAACAACCAGGAGAUUCUCAGACAGAAGGAGCAGGGUUACGACUAA